AUGACGCCAUUGUUAUGGAUAAACUUCGUUAGUCUCAUCACAGUCAUUGUCCCAUUAGCGAUCCAAGCGCGUAGUGUAUUUUCCACCUUUGGCACAUUGCAGAGCUGCAACAACGUGCAGUGUCUAUGGGUGGGUCGAGACGGCAUUGCAGUGUCUGCGAGCGAUAUGGUGACGCAGUUCCUUCAUGAUGAAGGGAUGGACUCAGACGCGAGCGAGUAUCGACGCCGGAUGGAAGAGCACGUAUACUACCUCGAGCAAGUGCACAAGCACGCGACAGAACGGGACUGGGUCUUUCCGUACACAAUCGGCGUCAAUACACGGCAUUUAUAUUAUGAAGGCGAUAGGCACUUGUCACCUUUCGACUUAGUGCAGCAGGAGUAUCAAGCGGCACAGCGUCAACAGCAACGCCGGGCGACAAAGCAACGACGACUUGCUAACUCGACACUUGGAUACCGCGAGACGCUGGAUUGGUGCUCGUCUGAUAAUUCACACAACCAGAGUAUCUGUACGGUUGUCAAGAGUCAGAACCAAUGUGGCAGUUGCUGGGCCUUUGCAGCUGCAGAUAGUAUCGAGACAGCGGUCGCGGUGAAUGCGGGAACAGAGCCACAAUCGCUAUCACCGCAACAAUUUUUAGAGUGCAGCUCAAGAGAGAUGACUGCAACUUUUGACUAUUGCUGGGCUGAGGGCGGCGUCGAUGGAUCGAGUUGGCUGCAUAGCAAAAUGAUCUGGGGCUCGAGGAAUGACGCAUGCAAUGGAGGUAUGACCCAUGCCGCGUUUGCCGACGCAGCGCAGUUGCAUUGGUCGCUGCUGAGCCAGCUGGACCUGCCAUACAACGAAGAGGAUACCGAGGAAGCAUCUAGAGCAGCUUUAGCCAAUGCUUGCAACAACUCUACAAUAGAAGACGCUGCUGCGAGCAUAUCUGGAUGGGAGCAAGUUGUGGGACCUUCAUGUGAAAAGAGCAGUGACCCAACCGAGUUGCUGAAGCUGGCAUUGCAGCAACAACCUAUAUCAGUGGCCAUUAACUCUGGCGGUUUUUUUGACGCAUACAAAGGCGGUAUUUACAGCUGUCCAAAUGAUGGUGACUUUGCUUCCAGCGCCGAUAUUAAUCACGCACUUGUGCUUGUUGGCUACGGUUCUGACGGUACGACUGACUACUGGAUUCUUAAGAAUUCGUACGGGUUAAACUGGGGCGAAAAGGGUUUCUUGCGCCUGGCCAUCGACUCGAAAAUCAAUUGUGGACUCAGUGUUUUCGCCGUUAUUCCGACUGGAGCGCGAGCUGGUCAUGCACGCACGGCGGUCGAUAGUGGUGGCGAGAUCAAGUUUCUCGGAAUGGCUCCUGACAACUGGAUUAUCCUCGGUAUUGCAGUCAGCGUUGCUACGGUGCUUCUCACACUGAUUGGCGUCAUCUGCGCCAACUGCCAGCGCAAAACCUCCAAAUUGGUGCUGUAA